AUGUCUCCAACCACAGACCGCCAACAACGCUACCAAGCCUCCCUCCAAGGCCUCGAGAGCCCCUACGAGUUGGCCGGAGUACCCUCGUCUCUCGCGUACGAGGUGAUGGGAGCAGCCCCUUCCCCCUCCUCCUCCUCUCUCUCGAAUUCUUUCGAGGACUCAGCCAACGGAUUCGACCAGGCACCUAUUGAGCUGGACACGAUCCACACUGGAGAAAUCCGCCAAGUAAAACCGGCUAUCCUCCCCGUCCCUGUCCCUCCUCCCGCUUUUCUCUCCCGCUCUCGCACAAACCGCGCAGCUGAGAGACUCGCCGCUCGGUACUCAACGUACCCACAUAUCGCGGAAGCUUCGCGAUAUGUUCCCUCUCCACUUGUCGAUCCUUUUUACCCGGAUGGAAUGACUUCACGUCGGGAUAUCGAGUCCCAGAUGCCUGUCUCUCAGCGCAAGAAGGUUUCUGCGAGGCGCUGGAGACCCAGAUUCCCCAAGUCGGUUUGUCUUGCGGCUUUUGGAGUUAUUGUGCCGGUGCUGUUGAUUACCGGGUUGGGAGUUUGGGCGAGUGAGUUGCAGAAGGAGGGGAAGUUGGGGGUUUAUUGGGAUGAGGGGGUGGGAGAGUGUAGGAUUUUGGGAGGACUGAGGGUUGGGGAGGGGAUUUGUGGGAGGAGGGGGAUUGGUGGUGGAGAGAGUUGGGAGGGGUGGGAGUGA